AUGGCUGUUUUCACGUUUACUGUUCUUCUGCUUGGAUUUCUACAAGUCCCUCGGGGAAGCAAUGUUCUGAUUUUUAGUGGAUACGGUGAAGGAAGUCAUUUUAUGUCUGCUGCUCUUGUUGGAAAGGAGCUUAUGCGUCGUGACCAUAAUAUCACUGCAUUAAUAAGCAAUGCUUACGAGUACAGAGCAAAUGAAACCAAGUACAUUGAUUUAAAGUUUGAAAUCUUCAAGCACAAUGUUCCUCCUGAGGAAGUUCGGGUUCGUCAUGAGCGUUUCACAGAGUCAAUAUUCAGAGGAACCUGGUUGAGGGAUAUCCUUUUGAACGCUACAACCAUAAUGAAUUGGUUUAUCGACGAUUGCCAGGCGUUGUUCGAUGACAAGCCACUUCUACAACGACUCCUUGAAGCUAAGUUUGACGUGGCUUUCAUUGAUCCUUUAUGGCCAUGCUCGUUGCUUGUUGCUGAAUACUCGGCCAAGAGACAUGUGUCCUUUAUGGCUACCACAUGGAUGAACAACGUUCCCAGCGUGAAUGGAAAUCCUUCCAACGCUGCCUUCGUGCCAGAGGGUAAUAAUGGCUUCACAAAUCACAUGACUUUGAUCCAGCGGGCUCUGAACUGUAUCAUGGGCAUGGUCAAUAAAUGGACAUUGAAGAUGAGUGAUUCGCACACCGCUCUCCAACAUGCUAACGGGAUAUAUGCCCAGAUCUUCGGACCUCGCAGCUUUACUAGAGGUCACAACUUAUUCUGCUUAACGUGGAUUUCGCUCUAG